AUGCGCACCGCCGGGUGGCAGGACCGGCGGCCGUUGGCGCAUGCGCACCGCGAGGCGGCAGGAGCGUUGGCGCGUGCGCACUGCGAGGCGGCAGGACCGGCGGCCGUUGGUGGGUGCGCGAGCGGCGGCGCCCUGCGGGUCAGCUCGGCUGUGCCGCUUUCUUCCUCCUCCUCCUCGCCGCCGUCUCCGCCGCAGGUGUCGCUGCCCGUGAUGCAGCCGUGCGGCGGCGAGGAGGAGGAGGCGGCGGCGGCCGGGGCGGUGCUGCCGCCGCCGCCGAGGGCCGACCCGCCGCUGGCCGCUAGCGGCGGCCUCAUGUUCUUCUACGAGCUGGGCCCCGAGGCGGAGGGCGAGGAGGGCGAGGCGGCGGCGGGCGGCGAGAGCACCGCCUCGCCCGAGGAGCUGGAGGAGGAGGAGGCGGCGGGCGGCGAGGCGGCGGCGGGCGGCGGCGGCGGCUGCAAGAGCUGCACGUACCAGGGCUGCAGCGAGACCACGACGCAGGUGGCGAAGCAGCGCAAGCCCUGGAUGUGCAAGCGACACCGCAACAAGAUGUACAAGGACAAGUACAAGCGCAAGAAGAGCGACCAGGCGCUCGGCGGCGKCGGCAGCGCGGCCGGGGCGGCGGCGGGAGCGGCGGCGGCGCCGCGGGCCGAGGAUUGUGUUGAAGGUUCCAUUUCUGCCACAAAACAGAGAACAGGAUCUGUUGGAGAUCGCCCAGCAAGACCUAGUCUUUUAGAACAUGUAUUAAAUCAAAAGAGGCUGUCCCUUCUAAGAAGUCCAGAAGUGGUGCAGUUUCUACAGAAACAACAGCAACUGCUAAGUCAACAGGCUUUGGAACAAAGGCAGCAGCAGUUUCAAGGAGCAUCUGUGUAAUCAGAACAGGUCAAUGCCCUACAGAUGAGUCUUGUGCUGAAGGAGAAAUAAGAUAGGU